UGUAUUCCCGCCGAUACAUCAUACAGUAUUGUGCAAUCCUCUACAGAGUUGGGAAGUUAUUCCCUUUCUGCAGUGCGGGAUUGUUACUAGUGGUUCGGGCGUGCCGACGCUGGUGAAUGGCAUCUGUUGUAUUACGCUUUUAUAUUGCUAUCUUACUAUAACUGUGCAUGUUCUGCUGGACCUGGCAUUAACGUAAGCUGCAAGGAUUUUUUCCUGCUAUAUGCGACAUAUUCCAGUGUGGCGGUGAUUUUUCUGCAUGCCGAUCCACUCUUCCAUCUUCGUAGUCUUCCGCAUUGUAUGAACAGGGUUGCCUUUAAAAGCGGAUAAACGAUGAUAAAAUGCUGACGACUGCUCACUUUAAAGGAUUACCACCGUAACCUCCCGUAGAGCAAUUGACAAACUGAAUUGACGCCGUAAUGAUACUGCUCUCUAAACAGGGAUAUUCGAAUUCAUUGCGUAUCCCGUUGGAAAUUUCGACGAUGCAAGCUGACUGAGACAGUACACAGGAAAACUGUGCGGGACUGACAGCGGCUCUGGACAUUCAGAUUCUUGCGACACAUUAAUACUUACUCAGUAAAAAGAUAUAUACGACGGAAGGUGUGAUCUGCGUGCUCAAUAAUCGGCAGUAUAGUGUGCCGCAAAAAAAUGCACAUUGCGGGCUUUUUUUGACUGCAAUAAAUGCAGCUGCCUAAUGUGGGAAAGCCGUGAUUGUACGUACGACCGACAAUUCCGUUUAAUCAAUCUUUCCUGAUGCAUUUAUGUCAUAUCGUAUGUGCGCCGGCGUAUUUACACAAAGUUUGGGGGAUUUGCCAAAAGGAUUUAUAUUGUUUCAAAAGGACCUGAUCCUGGCCUUAUCCCUGUUGCCCGGAUUGUGAGAGUUGCUCAAAUCGAGCGGCAUAAACACACUUAAAAAUCAUGCCAUCGACUACGAUAACAUCGUCUUCAUUGCGCCGGAUCUGCCGCUGUACUAUCUUCCUUACGUUGUUCCUAAUGUUCAUGGACUCACGAUUGCGCCCUGCCUUUUUGUCGUUAUCCAAGGAUAGUGGACAAGGCAAUGGCCAUCACCCCGAGCCCGUACAGAACACCCUUAGCAGACAAAAACGAGCUGCUAUAUUUGAUACCGAAACAGUAAUAUCCAAUCAAACGAAAUUAAUUCGGAAUGCUCGACAAAAACCCAAUAAGGAAGAAAUUGAAGAUGCCGAACCGGAAACGGAUGAUCCAGCUGCUGGUGAAGACAGCGAAAAGACGGAUCCAGAUGGAGAGGAUGCGGAACAAAAGGAAGAAGAAACAGAAGAGGACGCGACAACCACAGUGAAGUCGCGGCAUAAAACAACUAAACGUACGGUUGUCAAAACAACGACACCCGCGCGGAAGAAAUCUACUCAUACCUCGCAUAAGGGAAAAGAAAAAGAUAAACAUGUAAAAACUGACAAGGACAACGAUAAUGGUGACGAUGAUGACGACGAAGAGGAUGAUAAAGACGACAAAAAACAUAGCCACUCCACACACGCACACAGCCACACUAGCGUAGGCGCAACGGUUUAUGGACACAGCACGACGGAAGAACCGAUAAAAGAGCCGGAAUGCACUAUACCAGCUAUCAGACAGUUUCCCCCAGAUAUGUUCGAUCAGAAAGGCCGCCGUUAUGGAGGUUUGCUUGUACACAUUCUGGUGGUUGUGUAUAUGUUUCUGUGUUUGGCGGUUGUCUGCGAUGAUUAUUUUUGUGGAAGUUUGGAAACUGUCUGCAAGAGGUUAAACUUGAGCGAAGAUGUCGCAGGAGCAACAUUAAUGGCUGCUGGAAGUUCUGCGCCCGAACUGUUUGCUAGCCUUAUUGGUGUGUUCGUGGCGAAAGGUGACGUUGGAACAGGAACUAUUGUUGGAUCUGCAGUUUUCAAUGUCUUGUUUGUGGUGGGAACCUGCGCAUUUUUUUCUGGAACAGAGGGAACACAAUUAUCGUGGUGGCCUAUAAUGAGGGACACUGGAUUUUAUUCCAUUUCUAUUGCAGUUUUGAUUGCGUCUAUUGCUGACGGAGAAGUGACUUGGUAUGAAUCGUUGAUCAUGUUGAUAUUCUAUGGCAUUUAUGUAUGCACCAUGAAAUUUAAUACAAGAGCGUUCGAGUGGGUGUCCCAGAAGACUGGCUGGAGUGGCCCAGUUCAGGGUGUGGAAGAGUCGGCACGGCUUUCAGGUGGUGGACGGUUUGACAAGCCAGUUUUUAGCGGUUACGAACAAUUCGCCGAUGAAGCAGACAAUUUCCAGGAUCACGAAGCGAUGUCUCCACAUCCACAUAAACAGUCUUCUUUAAGUGUCCCUUCCAACGAAAAAGUGCAAUGGCAUCAACGAAACUCAUUUGAAGUGGUUCAUGAAGAAUUUGAAAAAUGGCGGGUUAAGCCGCAGCCGGGGUCCGGGAAGAAAGCCUUUGCCCGAUGGAUCGUUAUGUAUCCUAUUUAUUUUGUGCUCUAUUACACCAUACCCGACUGUAAAAAGGAACGAUUUGCUAAAUGGUAUCUUGCGACGUUCUUCCUCUCAAUCGCAUGGAUUGCGGUGUUCAGUUAUAUAAUGGUUUGGAUGGUAACGAUAAUGGGUCACACAAUGAACAUUCCCGACUCGAUUAUGGGGAUAACUUUCCUUGCAGCAGGAACAAGCAUCCCUGAUGCAAUGGCUAGCCUAAUAGUUGCCCGCCAAGGAAUGAUAGAUAUGGCUGUAUCAAACAGCAUCGGGAGCAACGUUUUCGAUAUCCUUAUUGGGCUGGCGCUUCCGUGGUUCUUAAGUACAAGCAUGGUUCGACCUGGACAUACGGUGAGAAUCAAUAGUAACGGAUUGGUCUACAACGCAGUCCUGCUUUUUGUGACCGUUGCCAUUGCGCUGGGUGGAUUACGCUCGACGGGAUGGAGACUGACCCGGCGAGUGGGGACGAUAUUCUACAUUACGUACGGCAUUUAUUUGAUACUGGCCGUCAUGAUCGAAUACAAUGUGUUCGGCUUCGUCAACCCGCGGAUGUGUAAUGACGAGGAAGCGGAUCUCAAGGAGCACAUAAUGGCCAAAAGCGGUCAAUAAGAAAACUGCCUCUCUUUUUCCGAGUAAUAAACAACUUCGUCAAAGCUAUACAACGUACUGUGAUCCAUAUGAACAUCCGGUUUGCCGCGCUGCAUGAUGCGCAUAAUACAGGAAGAAGAAAACCUCUUAAUUUAUGCGAAAUAUUACCGAAAUUCUUAUCAAGUUUGUGACAAGUUAAAAUGUCAUCUGGUGUGAUGUCUAGCCGUAAGUUUGAUGGUCGCGUGUAAUGUAUUAUAUUAGUUAUGAAAUGGUCACGGCAAGAUAUUAAACCACA